UGUGUCGGACCUGUUGUGCGGAUCUCGGUGCGGAUCGUUCGGUUUUGUCUCCGCUGGACCGGGCGGGUUUCUCCAACUUUGUCCGGGCGGGUCGAACUCCGGAGCAGCGCGGAGCAGCCGGCCGAGCUCAGGAAACGUCCUCCUGAUGAAGAAGGUUCCUCCUCGACUCAGCAGAUAUUGAGGAGCUGCCAUGUUGGCCUCCUCCAUCCCUCCAUCCCUCCUCUUCCUCCUCUUCCUCCUCUUUCUCCCCACCCCUACAACCUGCUCUGCUGAUGUCAUCGUGACCUCUGAACCCUCAAUACUAGCGGUGAAGCUGGAUGGCCCCCCCCUCUCUCACCUGCUGCUGGACUCGGGGGCCGGGCGUCUGUACGUGGGCGGAGUCGAUCACCUGUACCAGCUGACGUCUGACCUGGAGGUGAUGUCACAUGUUCGAACCGGCCCUCACCUGGACUCCCCCGACUGCCUCCCCCCGAUCAAUACCCAGGAAUGCCCCUCGGCCACGCCCACUCACAACCACAACAAGCUGCUGCUGAUGGAGGAGGGACAGGGGGCGGAGCCAGGGAGUCUGAUUGUCUGUGGUUCUCUCUAUCAAGGCAUCUGUGACAAAAGGAGUUUGCACAACAUCUCUCAGAUCCUCUACCGGACGUCCAACCCGGUGGACACUCAGUACGUCGCGGCCAACGACCCUCGGGUCUCCACCGUAGCUGUGGUAAUAACCGUAGAGAGCAAACAGGAGGUCAGCGGACGGCUGAGUCUGAUGCUGGUCGGUCGAGGCUACACCAGUAAAGGUCCGGGUGACAUUCCACCAAUCACGACGCGGCGUCUGUUUCCAGUGGUCCCGCCUCGACGGGCAUUCUCGCAGGAGGAGGAGCUGGGAAAACUGGUUGUUGGAAGUUACUCGGAGUACAACAACCACUUUGUUAAGGCAGUGGCCCAUGGUGACCAUAUCUACUUCCUGUUCUCACGGCGGGACAUGUGGCACAAGAAGGAGUACCGGACGUACGCCUCCCGGCUCUGCGCCUCUGACCGCAGCUUCUACUCGUACGUGGAGCUGCCUCUUCUGUGCCACGGGGGCUACAACCUGGCUCAGGCCGCGUGGUUAGGGAACCACUCAGGUGAAGCCGCCCUGUUUGUCAUCAUGGCAGCGGGGCAGGCGUCCACACCUGUAGCAACAGGACGUUCAGCGCUGUGUGUGUAUGGGAUGGCAGAGCUAGACGCCAUGCUGCGGCAAGCACAGGAAGUGUGUUACACUGAGGAGGGACGGGGGAGCAGUGGGCAGGAGGAAGCCUACAUCGAGUACGCUGUGUCGUCCAAAUGUCUCAAACUGCCGAAGGCUUCUCUGUCGGAGUACCCCUGUGGGGGGGAACACACCCCGAACCCCAUCGCCAGUGCCGUCCCGCUUCCAGCCACGCCCACUUUCACCUCCACCACCCUGCUGACCGCCGUCACCACGGCAACAGAGACAGGACACACCAUCGCCUUCCUGGGAGACAGAGAAGGACGACUGCACAAGGUGUUCGUGCGCUCUGAUUGGUCAGGUGACCUGUACGACAGUGUGUUGGUGGACAGCGGCAGCCCCGUCACUGCCGACCUCCUAUUGGACAAGAGCCAGCAGCACGUCUAUGUUUUGACCAGCAGGAGGCUGUCGAAGGUUCACGUGUCGUCAUGUGAGAAGCAGACAGACUGUCAGACCUGUCUCACUGUCAGAGACCCGCACUGUGGCUGGUGUGUCCUGGAAGGAAGAUGUUGUCGUAAACAUCAGUGUCAGCGCCACCUUCAGUCCAAUCAUUGGCUCUGGAGCUUCGAACGAGCCAAUCAGUGUGUAACGGUUCACAGGCUUCAGCCAGCCAAUCAGAGCAGAGAUGAGCAGACACAGGUAACGAUGUCAGUCAUUCAACUUCCCGUCCUCACGAAGGCGGAGCCUCUGUCCUGCGUCUUCGGGCUCCUCCCACCACAGCCCGCCAUCGUCCUGGGAACCAGCAUCACCUGUCAGUCACCUUCACCGGAGCUCCUCCCCGACAUGCCAGCAGGAAGUGAUCACAUGAUGCUGCCCGUGUCACUGCGGUUUGGUCACGUGACCAUCACCACAGGUAACAUGACGUUCUACGACUGUGGAGCCGUGAGCCGCCUGAACCAGAGCUCCCAGUGUUUGUCCUGUGUCUCCAGUGUGUGGGGGUGUAACUGGUGUCCAUUGGAUCAACUCUGCACUCAUAACCAGAGCUGUCCCAGCCAACACAGCAUCCUGACCCAGAGAGACUCCCCUGGUCCCUCCUCGUGUCCUCUGGUCUUCUCCCUGCAGAGUUCUGCCUUAGUGCCUCUGGGCCUGAGCAGCAGUGUUGUGCUACAGGGACGGAACCUGGACGUCUACAAGGACAACACCCCCUAUGUUUGUGUUGUGGAAAUACACGAUCUCAAGGUGAACCUGAAUGCUGCUGUGGAGAGGACGCACAACAACACACUCACCUUCACCUGCAGCCCACACAAGUUUCAGUAUACAGUCAGUCAGCUCCAGUAUUCUGCAGCUGUCUACCUGCGGAGAGGAGAAAGACGCAUCGACGUCUCACCUGGUCUCCAACUCCAGUUGUACGACUGCUCUGCCGGCCAAUCGGAUUGCUCGCAGUGUAGGGCGGUACCUGAGGAGUAUGGUUGUGUCUGGUGUCCUGGAAGCCCCACCCCCAGCUGUGUUUACAACCAAUCAUGCAGCAGCAUACCUGUAGACACCUGCCCACCUCCUCAGAUCACACAGGUGGUCCCUGUCUCUGGUCCUCUGGAGGGCGGAGUCUUGGUGACGAUAACAGGUUCAAAUCUGGGGAUGAGUUAUCAGGAUGUGGUGGGCGGGGUCACAGUGGCAGGUGUUCAGUGCCUGCCCCAACCUAAAGGUUACGAGAUCUCAACCAGGGUUGUGUGUGAUCUUCAGCCCAGUGGGAAGCCGAGGAAGGGGAGUGUUCUGGUUACAGUGGGAACCACCCCGCCUGGGAGAUCGAAGCAGAUCUUUACCUAUCAGGACCCUCAGCUCCUGGAUCUGGUUCCUGAUAAAGGUCCAGUCUCUGGAGGAACCAGACUGACCAUCAGAGGACAGCAGCUGCUGACUGGACAGAGGUCCGACCUCAGCGCCUUCCUGGGUCCACAGCCCUGCUACAUUGUCGGGGAAGUGAACGACACCCAGUUGAUGUGUCAGACUGGUUCCAGUCCUCGUACUGGUGGAGUCACAGUUCGGGUUUUCUUUGGGAAAGCAGAGCGGACCGUUCCCAACGUGACCUUCCAUUACCUUGACGACCCCGUCAUCACUGAUGCCAAACCUGCCGAGAGCUUCUACGCAGGGGGGCGUGUCAUCAUGGUAACAGGCAGGAACCUGGAUGUGGUGCAGCAGCCAAUCAUAUCCGUGUGGGUGGAGCCUCUGGAGGUCCAGAGGGUGAAGAGGAGGAAACGACUCGCUCUCCUCUCUGCCAAGCAGCAGCUGGUCUUCAACAGCUCCAUGACAACGGUGUCAGAGCGCUGUUCAGUUCUGUCGUCCUCUCAGAUGACCUGUCCCACCCCCACAGUGACCCCAGAGGUCAAAGUAAAAGGCGUGUGGUUUCAGCUGGACAACGUCAGAGUUCACUACGAGAGCAUCAAGGGUAAAAGCUUUACUUAUUAUCCAAACCCACAACUGUUCUCUCUGAACCGAGAUGCUCCAGAAGCUCCGUAUCGUUUCAAACCAGGAGGAGUGAUCGCUGUGGAGGGUCAGGACCUGACCAGAGCCAUGUCCAGACAGGAAGUGACGGCUCGCCUCGGAGAUCAGGAAUGUGAGGUGAAAACUCUGGACAACACUCACCUGUACUGUGAACCUCCAGAGAUCCAACCAGCGAGCGUGGACCAGAGCAACGAGCUGCCCAGCCUUAAGGUCUUCAUGGGAAACCUGCAGGUCGACCUGGGAUUGGUGCAGUACGACAGUGACUCUCUGCUGUCUCCCGUCCCAUUGGCUGCUCAGAUCGGUUUGGCUGCAGGAGCAGCUGUCAUCAUCCUGUCAGUGCUGGUCAUCAUACUGAUGUACAGGAGGAAGAGCAAACAGGCUCUCAGAGAUUAUAAGAAGGUUUUGCUGCAGUUGGAAACUCUGGAGAUCAACGUGGGAGAUCAGUGUCGCAAAGAGUUCACUGACCUGAUGACGGAGAUGAUGGACUUGAGCAGUGACGUUGGAGGACCAGGACUCCCCCUGCUGGACUACAGGACAUAUGCAGAGAGAGUUUUCUUCCCCGGCCAACAGACGGCGCUGUUGAGUCGCCAGCUGGACCUGCCAGACUCCAGGAGACAGACUGUGGAACAGGGUCUCCAGCAGCUGAGCAACCUGCUCAACAACAGACUCUUCCUCACCCGGUUCAUCCACACUCUGGAGGCUCAACAGAGUUUCUCUCAGAGAGACCGGGGUUACGUCGCAAGUCUUCUCACCAUCGCUCUUCAUGAUAAACUGGAGUACUUCACCGAGGUCAUGAAGAACCUGCUGCAGGACCUGGUGCUGCAGUACGUCGCCAAGAAUCCCAAACUCAUGCUGCGCCGGACAGAGACAGUUGUAGAGAAGAUGUUGACCAACUGGAUGUCGAUCUGUCUCUACUCCUUCCUGAAGGAGGUGGCGGGGGAGCCUCUGUACGUGCUCUACAGAGCUAUAAAGUACCAGGUGGAUAAAGGUCCGGUCGACGCUGUGACAGGAAAAGCCAAACGAACGCUGAACGACAGUCACCUGCUGAGAGAGGACAUCGACUACUGCGCUAUGACUCUGACGGUUUUGGUGAAGAAUGGCGUUGAGGUUCAGCCGUGUCCUGUUAAAGUUCUCGACAUGGACACCAUCACACAGGUGAAGGAUAAGAUCCUGGAUCAGGUCUACAGAGGAGCUCCGUUUUCUCAGAGACCAGCAGCCGACAGUCUGGACUUGGAGUGGCGUUCAGGUCAGGCGGGUCACCUGACCCUGUCAGAUGAUGAUGUCACAGCGGUGGUUCAAGGUCGCUGGAAACGAAUCAACACGCUGCAGCACUACAAGGUUCCAGACGGAGCGACAGUUGCUCUGAUUCCUCGUUCUCAGAGUUCAGUUGGAAUCAACCAGGUGUUCCAGACUGGAGAGAAAACUCCGAUGCUAGAGGGUGAGGAGGAGGAGGGUCUGCGUCUGUGGCACCUGGUGAAGAGCAGCGAAGAUCCGGAAAUCCCAAAACACAGAAAGAGCAGCAUGAGGGAGAGAGAGCGCGCUAAAGCCAUACCUGAGAUUUACCUGACCAGACUGCUGUCCAUGAAGGGGACACUGCAGAAGUUUGUGGACGAUGUCUUUGUAGCAAUUCUCAGUACAAAACGUCCUCCUCCGAUCGCAGUCAGGUUUUUCUUUGACUUCCUGGACGACAUGGCAGAGAAACAUGGUAUUGACGACCCAGAGACUGUCCACAUCUGGAAGACAAACAGUCUCCCUCUCAGGUUCUGGGUGAACAUCCUGAAGAACCCUCAGUUUGUUUUGGAUGUUCAGGUGAGCGACAGCAUCGACGCCAUUCUGUCUGUCAUCGCUCAGACCUUCAUCGACUCCUGCACCACCUCCGAGCACAAAGUGGGACGGGAUUCUCCUGUCAACAAGCUGCUGUAUGCCAGAGAGAUCCCCCGAUACAAGCAGCUGGUGGAGAGGUAUUACAGUGAUAUCCACAGUGCUGCGUCGGGAUGUUAUCAGGAGAUGAAUUCUACUCUGACUGAACUUUCAGGGAGUUUUGCUUCAGAAAUGAACAGUGUUGUGGCUCUUCAUGAACUCUACAAGUACAUCAACAAAUACUAUGACCAGAUCAUCAUGUCUCUGGAGGAGGACAGUUCAGGUCAGAAGAUGCAGUUGGCUUAUCGGCUGCAGCAGGUUGCUGCUCUGGUGGAGAACAAGGUCACUGACCUCUGAAGACCUCUGUUGACCUCUGAACACUGGAGACCUGUGAGGUCAAGGAUGAAGAUGAAGCUUUCUUCAGCAGCAAAUCCCUGGACGCCUUUCAACAUUGUGUCUUCCUGCUGUGUGUGCAUGCGUCCUGUGUGUGAGUGUAUGUGUGUGUGUGUAUAUGUGUAAACCAAACCAACCUGACUCACCAGUCUGUGAAAAAAUGACAAUCUUACCUACCAAUCAGAUCAGGGAACAUAUCUUCUGCUGCCUUGCACUACAUUUCCCAGAGUUCCCUGCUGCGCUGUUCUGCUGCCUGCAAAAAUUCAAAAAGCACAAUCGUAAUAGUUUGUAUUGAAUAUUGAUCUGCUGGAUGUUUUUUAUCUUCUUUAACCAGCUUCAGCACAACCUAUGUAAGACGUUCAUUGAAUCAGGGAUUUUUUAAAUCAGUUUCAGUCUGACUCCAUUUUCUGGUCAACAGCAGCUGAAGCUGAUCUUUCAUCUAAACCAGGUAAACUUGACCUUGAGGGUCACGGUGAACAAAGAGCAAAGAAAGAUCGAUAAAAAAGAUCAACAAAAUCACAAUUCUGGGGGUUUAUAGUGUGUGUGUGUGUGUGUGUGUGUGUGUGUGUGUGUGUGUGCAUGUGCGUGUGUGUGUCACUAACUUAUUGUGUGUACAUACUGUAAGUCCUAUUUAUACCUAUUUAUCCUGUGUAGGCCGUCACUCUUGCAGCUAGAUGGCACUGCAUCCUGGUGCAUCACAGGAAGAAAUUUAAAUUACAUUUUUUAACUUUUAUUGAACAAGGGAGGGAAACAAACUCCUUAUCACUUGUAGAACUACAAGUCUAACACUGGAUGUAGUGUAUAUAACAGCUAGCAUAACAUACAAUGUAAUAGAGAACAGCUAGCAUAACAUGCACUGUAAUAGAGAACAGCUAGCAUAACAUGCACUGUAAUAGAGAACAGCUAGCAUAACAUACACUGUAAUAGAGAACAACUAGCAUUACAGACACUAAUACAGAAAAGAUAGCCGAACCUACAUUUAUACAGGACAGCUAGCAUAACACCACGCUGUAAUACAGAACAGCUAGCAUAGCACUGGGCGGCUGUGGCUCAAGGGUUAGGGCAGUCAUCCUCUAACAAGAAGGUCAACAGCUCGAUCCCAGUCUUCCCCAUGCCGAAGUGCCCUUGGCCAAGAUACUGAACCCCAAGUUGUCCCUUCUCAUAGAGAAUUGAUGCACUGUAUGAACGUGUGUGUGACUGUAAAACUGUACUGUGAAGAGCUUUGAGUGUCAUCAAGACGAGAAAAAAUUUAUAAAUACCGACCAUUUACCACUAAACUGUGUAACAGAACAGCUAGCAUGACAUGCCCUGUAAAUAGAACAGCUAGCAUAACAUGCCCUGUGUUACAGAACAGCUAGCAUAACAUGCCCUGUAAAUAGGACAGCUAGCAUAACAUGCCCUGUGUUACAGAACAGCUAGCAUAACAUGCCCUGUAAUACAGAACAGCUAGCAUAACAUGCCCUGUACUACAGAACAGCUAGCAUAACAUGCCCUGUACUACAGAACAGCUAGCAUAACAUGCCCUGUACUACAGAACAGCUAGCAUAACAUGCCCUGUAAAUAGAACAGCUAGCAUAACAUGCCCCGUAUUACAGAACAGCUAGCAUAACAUGACCUGUAAAUAGAACAGCUAGCAUAACAUGCCCUGUAUUACAGAACAGCUAGCAUAACAUGCCCUGUAAAUAGAACAGCUAGCAUAACAUGCCCUGUAUUACAGAACAGCUAGCAUAGCACUGCACUCUAUUAUAGAACAGAUAACAGGUGUUUACAAAGAUGGCUCCUAUGUACUAUCAGAUAUGCUAGCUAUUUGAAAGACGCAUAUUAUAGAAGCAGGUAUCUAAAAAAACGUGGGUUCAAAUGCUUCUGUGGUAUUGGUUUGCGUAGCAGCCUCAUGCCGCUGCUGUUGUUAGCUAGCUACCAACCUCUAUCGUUGUUUUAGUUUGUUUAACCUAUUUAUAGAAGCAUGUUAUAUUUUUAACUCUGAUCUCAAUCAGCUGAAGUUUCACUGACUGAAUCAACAUCAUCAGCAGCAAUAAUAAAACAGAGAAACCCAGCGGGGUCUCCAUGGCAGCAGUUAGCCGGCCCUGUGUUUCCUCUGUGUGGAUUCAGUCACUGUGGACGUCAUGGUUUUAUUUAGUCUUCUUCCGUCAGCUGUAAAGUGAAGCUGAACUCUUCCUGGACUCUGUGUGUUUGAGUGCCACUGAACUGAGGCUGAACCCACCGGGCAAUAACUCACAGUGUUGUGUUUGUGCUGCUGGACUGAAGCACAAACCUCAAACAGCUUGUUUUAUACGAGAUGUGAAGUUUUAAAUGUCUUCUGAACCAUCUUCUCUGCGUUUCUUCUUCUGAUUAUUGCCGUUUAUCUUUCCUCUGUGUUUUUGCCUUGCGUGUUUUUUGAGCCUGUGUUUGACCCGUAGUUGUAGUUCUCUGAUCAGAUUAGACAUCUGCAUGCGUGUAACGAUGAUGACGAGUUAUGAUGCUACUUUUUUUCUAAAUGACGACAAAAGGCAGAGCUUUAACUCUGCUGUGUCGCCAUGAUUCUCGAUGGGGGUGAAGGUUUGACCUUUGACCUUCUGAUCUCUGUACAGUUUUCUAAUCUGGAUGUGAUGAAACAGGUCCUCUGCUCUGAUUGGUCGAGCUGUUUGUUGCGGAGAUGUUUUUUCUACAAGGGAAUAAAAGGUUUAAGGUGUUUGUAUAAAAUGAGCCAGGAUCAGUUGUGAUGAAGCACAGACUGUUUUUCUAUUGACUGUGUACAGUUUGAUAACAGUGUGUAAAUAUAAAUACAUGAGGAGGAUGAUCAGUGAGUCUACAAUGGAAUGCGUUUUUAUUGUGAAGAAGCAACACAAUUUGUAUCAUGUAAAAAUAAAGUUAUAAUUUUAACAGUU